CCCUGCAUCCCCAAGCACCUCACACACAGCUCAUACAGUCACACACACUCAAACCCUCCUCCAGCCCCACCACCUCCACCAUGGCAGCCUCCACCCUGUCCGUCUGCUCCAGCGACCUGAGCUAUGACUGCCCAGAGAGCUGCUGCGAGCCCCCCUGCUGUGCCCCCAGCUGCUGUGCCCCGGCCCCCCGCCUGACCCUCCUCUGCGCCCCAGUGAGCUGCGAGUCCAGCCCCUGCUGCCAGCCAGGCUGCAGCAGCUCCUGCCUGGCCUCGUCCUGCCAGCAGUCUAGCUGCCAGCCCUCCUGCUGCACCUCCUCCCCCUGCCCGCAGGCCUGCUGUAAGCCCGUCUGCUGCAAGCCUGUCUGCUACAGGCCUGUCUGCUGCAGGCCCGUCUGCUGCACACCUGUCUGCUGCAGGCCUGUCUGCUGCACCCCUGUCUGCUGCAGGCCCGUCUGCUGCACACCUCUCUGCUGCAGGCCCGUGUGCUGUGAGUCCUCCCCCUGCUCAGCCGCCUUGUGCUGCCAGCCCAACCCCUGCUCCUCGGUUAGUUGCAGACCCUCCUCCUCCCUGUCCCUUCUCUGCCGUCCUGUGUGCCGCCCCGCCUGCUGUGUGCCCACCUCCUCCUGCCAGCCCAGCUGCUGUCGCCCGGCCUCCUGUGUAUCCCUGCUCUGUCGGCCCGCGUGCUCCUGCCCUGCUUGCUGCGUCCCAGCCUCAGCCCCAGAGCCCUGUUGCUGACCCGGCACAUUGCCAACUCCUUCCAGGGCCAACGCUGACUUUCACCUGAAAUUUCUGUAGCCUUAGGCCAGUCUGGGGUCUCCUUCUGUCCCAGAGUUUCCUGUGAGCAGCCUGGGCUGGCUCCUGGUUCCCUCCAGGCCCUGAGUGUCAGCCAGCAUGCGGCUCUCCAUCCUUCUUGGUCAUGGAUUUUGUCCUGAUCUAGGUGAGGGGGCUGCUUGUUAACAAAUAAAGUCAUUGUCAAGCCCUC